AUGGAAGGCCUCGACUCAGAAAUACCCGAUUUGGUGGAAGUCAUUCCGGAAACAAUUAACGCCAACCCUGUUCAUGAAAAUAAAGACAACAAAACGCUUGAAGCAAAAGUUCCAAUAACAAUAGUUACGGGUUUUCUUGGAUCUGGUAAAACUACCUUACUCAAUUACAUUUUGACAGAGCAACAUGGCAAAAGAAUGGCGGUAAUAUUAAACGAAUUUGGAGAAAGCAGCGGAAUAGAAAAAUCCUUGACAAUAAAUCAAGGUGAUGAUUUAUAUGAAGAAUGGUUGGAAUUAAAGAACGGUUGUUUAUGUUGUUCCGUCAAAGAUAAUGGAGUUAAAGCCAUUGAAAAUUUAAUGCAAAAGAGAGGAAAAUUCGAUUAUAUUUUAUUGGAGACAACCGGAUUAGCAGAUCCAGGGCCAAUAGCUUCAAUGUUUUGGUUAGACGAUGAAUUGGGAAGUGAUUUAUACUUGGAUGGCAUAAUAACAUUAGUGGAUGCGAAAUAUAUUCAACAAUAUUUAUCAGAGAAAAAGAAAGACGGAUCAAUAAACGAAGCGAUAAGACAAGUGGCGAUAGCAGAUAGAAUAAUAAUUAAUAAAACAGAUUUAGUUACUCCGUCAACAUUAGACAUCGUUCAAGAACAAAUAAGAUUGAUCAACUCGGCUGCAAAUAUUUUAAGAACAGAAAAGUCAAAAGCUCCAUUGGAUUUCAUUUUAGACAUUCAUGCUUUUGAUUUUAAACAAGUUACUGCGUUAAGUUCAGAAUCAAAAAUCUUGAAAUCUGUAACAGAAUCUCAUCAGAUAGAAGACGUAAAAACCAUAUGCCUGUCGGAAUUUCCUGUUACAAAUAUUGAUAUAUCGAAAAUUGAACGUUGGAUACAAUAUUUAUUAUGGGAAAAGACUAUUCCAAUGAUAACUUCUUCUGAUACUAUCGUUAUCCUUAGACUUAAAGGUAUUCUAACUCCUAGUGAAGGCUCAGAUUCACGCAUUGUAAUUCAGGGUGUUCAAGAACU